AUGGCACCGCCUGAGUAUCAUUACCCAGUCUACGAAUGCUUCGAAGAAUUCUCUCUGUGGCCCUGCAUCUCGUCUACUGUGCUGGCUUCCUUGUUCACCCUCACGUUUCUGAUCGCCCUGGCCGUUCUCAUCCCCGUUCUCUACAAGACAAGACGCUGGUGGGGUCAUCAGCAAGUGAUUUUGUUCUUAGUGAUCUUGGAGAUGCUUCUCGGCAUCCUUCGCUACGCUGCCUUCAAACGACACGGCCUUGCCGUGGCGCUGUCCUACUUGAAGCUGCUUCAGCUGUGCGCCAUCUGCUUCUUCUUCUUCCACUCGGUCCUGCGCUCGAUCGUGUGGCCCGUGACGACGGGCCUCGUCCUCUACCUCACCGCCAUCCUCGUGCUGUCGAUCCUCGGCCUCUUCUCCUUCCUCGACGAGUGCCAAGAUCCGGCCUGGCUCAUCUUCUCGGUGAGCGGCUUCGUGCUGACUUGCAUGUUUUUGAUCUGCGCCUACCUCAUCCUUCGAAAGUUGAACAAGACCACUAUUUCGCCGCGAUUCAAGCAGCGCAGCAAGUUUCAGCUGUGGUCUCUCUCCAUCGUGUGGUUCUUCACCACCCUGGGCGCCAUCUUCUACGACGUCUUCCUGGUGUCGGCAUCGUCGAACGGUCGAGAAUGUGAGCUCUACUUGAGUAAUGUGCCGGCCGCCGACGCGGUCGUUCACAUUAUCGUCCGUUGGUUCGAGCUCAUCUUGCCGGUCUGGGCAGUGUGUUACGCCUUCAAGAACACGGCCAUGAUGAAGCGGAAGAAUGCAGCCGGCGAUAUCAACUUCCCGCACCUGCGCGGCGAGGACAGUACGACGAGCGAGGUGUCGCGCACGUCGUCGGAUCUGUACUUCACCAGUAACCGGCGCCACUUCUCGAUGAACGUGCCGAGCGUGGGCGAGUACAGCCUCGUGGACCACAGCUACACCGACGAGGACGCGGGGAGCUACCAGAGCUACAUCAACGCCACGCCCACGAGCUUCAACAUCGAGUCCCCCCUCGGCACGCCACACUAA